CGGUAGCCCUUUUUUGUUAUUUAUUAUUUGUGUUAUUUACUCGUUUAUUAAUUGUAUAAUUAUAAAAGAAUACAAAAUCAUAUUAAAUUCAAGCAUGAUUUACACGGACGUAGCCGGAGUUUAGACAAAACAGUCAAUGAAAUCAUAGCAUACAACUUCGUGAAGUGUAGAAAGGUCAACCGCUACGCAGCGUAGUUGCGUACUGCGUACGCUGUAACGAGAAUUACUGUUCGUGUUCUCGUUAUCUUGCUAGAGAACACCGAAGUAGUUGGCUUUUGAAUACUUGGCUUUGUAACGGAUUAAGAUGGGCAGACAAUUCAAUUACGAAAGCAAUUUCUUUAACUGAAAUCACACGAACAUGAUUAACGGAGACCGUCGGGCUUCUGUUUCCGGGAGCCAUACCGUCGAUCCAAUCUGAGGAAUUACAGAAAUAUUCUCGUUCACUUUGUCCCAGAUCGUGGCAGAAGAAGGAUCGUGGUGUAGUGUUUUUUCCGUGGUGUGAUUUUGCCUUGUAAAAGUUAGCUAGUUUUGUGCGGUUGUGAAUUGUGCGAGUUGAACUGGAGUUCAAAGGUAAAUGACUUGUGUUCGUUGUGUCCCCAUAUGUGCUAAUUGUGUCCUCAAAGCCAAGCGCGCGCUACGGCUUCUAUUUCCAAAAAUAGCGUACACCGCACAAAGCAGAAAGCGAAAACAGCGUCCCGCUGCACCACCAUACGUCACGCAUCCACCUGCGAUUUGGUGCCGAAGUUUGCCUGGCGGUUUAGGGCCAGAAGGGAGUAGCGACCGUCACCAACGCACUCCAGGCACGUUUUCAUCGGCCAUCCAAAGUUUUCGUGAAGUCACGGGCUCGAGAAGGACCUCCUAGAACCUCGUGCGUGACUGUGAAGUCGCGAGUAGCGGUACAAGCAACAGCCCGCUCGCUCGCUCGUCGAUUCGUCUACGUCAUCGGCAACGUCAUCGUAGAAAGCUACGAAGCGUAAGCUUCGCAAACCGUGAGUACGUUACUGAAACCUUGCAUGCAAGCGUAAUUAGCACGGACACUCGAAAGCGCUAGAUAGAUCUGAACCGCACACGUUAGGGCCAGAAGCAAAAGGGGGAAAGAAGAAGAAAGGCCGGCCGUCCGGACGAGUAAGAAUGCGUAGGUUAUCAAAUUGUUAGAAUAAUGAAUGCCUAGGUUAUCAAAUUGUUAGUGUAAAUAAAUUCGAAAGUUUCACGUUUUUGUUUUCGUAAUACAAUGUGUUAGUCAGUGAUGUUUAAGAAAGUUUGAAGUACCUUUCACGUUUCGUUAGUUCUGGUUAGCGUCCUUUUGUUGUGUAUUCCGUCUUCCAAAACGGAAUGGGAUUAAAGUGGAUGGGGAAUCUCUGCCCGUGAUGAUAACCUGGAUAAGGUCGAGUUCUUGGAGUACGGUUGUCUUCCGGGAUUCGUUGGUUAUGUUCGUGUGAGGAAAGUUAUUGAGGUGUAAGAUUCUUUCGGGCAAAUUGGAUAGAUGGGUCUGUUUACUUCUUCCUGCGCACUGUUAAGUAUUUGGAAGCUGACCUCUUCGGUCAGUAUCUAGCCGGGCGUAGAACACGACUAGUGGUCCUCCUAGGAGGUGGCGCAUAAGCCACUUGUUUGAAAACUGGCCGGAAGUAGCAAGCAGACUCCAAGCCGCCUCAUGGCUGCUACAUAUUUGGCGCCCAACGUGGGGCAAGAUCUUUUGAGUGUAAUGAGAAUUUCGUUGAUGUAAAUAUCAUGCAAUGUGUAUUCUGAGUAAUAUCUAAUGUAACGUCACUGUGCUAAGUUAUGAAAAUUUAGUGUGAGUCAAGUUUUUUUCGGAUUGUUGUGAAUUUAAGGCUAUUUUUUGGUAAUUUAUUCUGGUUUCCUGCGUAAGACAUAGUGUUCAUUGAGUAUGUUUAAUUAAUUGUUACAAAUAGAGUAUUUGAGUAGUUUUCGUAAGUUUUCCUUAUAGUUAUUUUUUUCAUAUUUAUUUAUUUAUUUAUUACAAAUUUUCUGGAGUAAUAGUAUCUUAGCAUUAUUUACAAGAUGGCAUCAAAAUAUUUUUCUGCUUCACAUCUUCUGAAUGAUGAGGUAGACUACGAGCUUAAACUUAGAAAUUAUGGAGAGGAGUGUAGUAAAAACUUGGAUUCUAAGCAAAGGACUCUAAGAAGACUUCUUCAUCAGGACAAACAAGAAAACAGAACAUAUCGCUCAAUGUAUUCAAUUGACCAGGAAUUUGAUCUUAUUUCCUCCAGAAUUAACACAAUAGCUACUGCUUUGUCCCAGAAUUUUGAUACAAAAUUGGUGUCUCGUCUGAUUCAUUACCAUUUAAGAGCGCUUCGUAGCAAUGCUCAAUCGUCAGAAGCCAAAGUAUUGAAGGAUUCAUUAGUGAAACAAAUCUCUGAGUUAGUGGCUGCUUACAGACCAGGUGGUCAAGAAGAGUCCUCACAGGAGGAAGAUAAUGAAACUAGGAAAUCAAAGGAAUCGUUAGAAUGGGCAGAGCAGGUACAAGACGAUCUGAACAAAAGUUUUCAAGCAGCGAGCAACCAAAAUAGUACAGCAACUCAAAAGGAAAGACAACCAAUCGGCGUGCAAGAUAAUUUAGAAGUGAAAGUCCAAAACUUACAAAUCCAGAUGAACGAAAUAAUGUCCAUGUUACAGCAGGUGUUAGCUAAACAACAGAAUAGUCGAACUCAGGAUCAUUCAGAAAAUACGGUUCAAAUUAACAGAACAGGGACCAUUCCGAAAGCUUCCUCAGUCCAGGUGCCUCCUCCAAUGACAAAUGAUGAUCCCUUAGAAGACGGAAGAGGAGAAAUGAGUUUGGGAAAUAGAUUUGCGAGAAACUCAGUAGGAAGCCGACCGGAUGGAGCAAUGUUUAAAGCGACACAGAACUUAGAUCAGUUUCCAGAAGACGGUUUUCGGCCAAAGCACACGAUUCCUCAGUCAGGCAUGCCGUUACAGUUACCAAAUUACACGGGAUUUCCUCAGUCAGGAUAUCAAGCAGUUAACGCACCAAUGAAUCCACAAUACGGAUCACCAGGUCGGCAAUUCACUAGUAACAUCGGUGUGGGCCACACAAGAAAUUUUCAAGGGGUUCCGCAACAGUCUGCGUGGUUCAACAAUGCGGGGAAUGAACAUAUUCGUAAUGAACCGAUUAGAAGUCCAAGCAUUAAUGAAAGUGUUCAGAGGGAUUAUCGCAUGCAGCACGAUAGGAAAAUUGAAAAAUGGAACAUUUUCUUCUCGGGCUCUCCAAGGUCACCCACUUUGGAAGACUUUAUUUAUAAGGUCAAGGUGUUGGCGAGCAUGAACAGCAUUCCUAGGGAUAGCCUGAUAAACCACAUUCACUUGUUGCUGCGAGAUGAAGCCUCUAACUGGUUUUUUACCUAUUACGAAGCAAAUUGGGACUGGAAUGAAUUUGAAACCAGGAUUAGGUACAGGUUCGGCAACCCUAAUCAGGAUCAGGGAAACCGACAACAGAUUUACGAGAGGAAGCAGCUGAAAGGAGAAACGUUCAUCGCCUUUGUUACUGAAAUCGAAAGGUUAAAUAAGCUGCUGACGAUUCCACUACCACCACAACGCAAAUUUGAAAUAAUUUGGGAGAACAUGCGUCAACAUUAUCGGUCCAAGCUGGCAUGUUUCCAAAUAUGCAGUUUGGAUCAGUUAAUACAGGUGAAUUACCGAAUCGAUGCCAGUGACCCCAGUUUGCAUCCGGUUGGGCAGAAACAGGGCAUCCACAACAUCGAAGUGGAUUCCGAGGAAGAACCGUCGGAGGAAGAAGAGAUUAACGAACUGAACAGGAGGUCCACGGUACGCUGUGUUGGUAAGACCGAUCGAACACUGUGGUAUCCACAGCAUCACUCGGCCACAGUUGAGCUGUAG